GCGCGCGCGGUGGUGCGGAGGAACCCCACAAACCCCAGCUACGAACUGAACGACCGGUCGAUCUGUCCCGAGCGACCGUUCUCAGUGGAUCGAUGGUGAUGGUUUCUCCUCGCUCAGCCACAGAGAACGCUCGGGCGGUGAAACGAGGGCGGGAACUGGAGACGUGGGAGGAGGGAGAGGCGGAGGGGAAGGAAGAAGGAGAGGAGGAAAAGAAGGGGGAAGACGCGAAGUGUGGGAAUGCCCAUAGCGAGGAGGGAAACGAAGAAGAGCAGGAGAAGGGGGAGAAGCAGAGGGCGCAGCUGAUUCCAAUGGCUAUGGCGGUGGCAUCUGUGCCAGGCGGGCUUGCAGAGGAAGACCUGCUGGAUCCGUGCCCGGACGUGCAUGCACUGUUCUGUCACUACAACGAGCUCUACUUUGAAGGGAAACUAGGCGCCUGCUCUGUUGACUGGAGCACCCCUCGAAUGACUCUCUGUGCAGGGGUCUGCCAGUUUCAGAGGGGAGGUGGGUGCCAGAUCAAGCUGUCGGAACCGCUGUUGAAGUAUCGGCCAGUGAUCGACAUGAAGCAGACACUGCUGCACGAGAUGAUCCAUGCGUACAUCUUCCUUAGCAAUGGAAGCAAGGACCGUGAGGAUCAUGGACCUGUUUUUCAGCGGUACAUGAACAGAAUUAACAAGAGCAAGGUUGACGACAACCAGAGACCUUUGGGAGGUUACAGUGUGACGGUUUAUCAUAACUUCAAGGAUGAGGUUAACAACUAUCGUCGUCACCAUUGGCAGUGCGAAAAAUGCAAAAAGCUUGUGAAGAGAGCUAUGAAUCGGAAACCAGCAGCAUACGAUUGCAGUUUUACAAGAGGAUCAGCGGCGGGUACCAAGUGUGUUGAUACGGCUUGCUUUUGGCACCAGCAUGAAAGGCUCUGUGGUGGGGUCUUUGUGAAGAUUGCCGAGCCGGAGGGAUGCAGCAAGAGACGGAAGCGAGGGGCAGGUGGCUCUAGGGAGAAAGGAGCACUGCCUGGCAGUGGAAAGGAUGUGGGUACUUCGGAAAAGACUGGAGCCGGGGGUGUACAUCCUGUGGAUGGGUCUGCAGAAAAAAAGCAAGGAGGACGGGAGGCUGCGAAACCACCAGCGAAAUCACCCGGACAAAGAGGUUCUGGUCUGAGACGAAAGGAUGCUAAAGGGCAGGAAGCUGCCGAUGGUGCGUCCAACAAGGGGAAGAGCACCACACCAACGAUCAAGACGUUUUUCACGCCCAUUGAAGGUGUAAGACAAGGGUUGAAAGAGGUGAGGCUCCAGGAGGGCGAUGCAAGACAAGGGUUGAAAGAGGUGAGGCUCCAGGAGGGCGAUGUAAGACAAGGGUUGGAAGAGGUGAGGCUCCAGGAGGGCGAUGUGCCUUCAUGCUCAGAAGAAUUCCCCCGGGAUACCAAAGGUCUAAGCCAGAGUGAGGAGUCGGAUGCGAAGGUUGGUGUGGAGGACGGGAACCGGAUGACAGUUGACCAAGUGGUUGAUGAAAGGCCAAUGGAAAAGGUAUCGGGCAGCGUCUGCCCUGGUGAUAUGGAGUGUGGAGUUAGGUUUACAGCUGAAUCUGUUAUGGAAACGGCUCGGGGGGCUGAAGGGCGACCAGAUUCAGAUAGAGGAGUGCAGGAGAAUUCAAGAGGUAAGGAGAGGUCUGAAAGUAAUCAGGAGGAAUACAGAGAGGAUGGGGAAACACAGCUGCAAGGAAAAGUAGUCAGCGACGAUGAUUUUGAUGUUCCGGUCAGGAUUACCCGGAGAGUUAGGAGAAAGAGUGGAGUGGGAGUGUCGGCGGUUGCGAAUGGGCGUAGCUGCUUGCUGGUUGGGAAGAAAAGAUCACGAAGUGAUCUGCGGAAGGGCAAGCGCAACAAACUGCAGAAUGGAAAGAACAAUGUAGCAAAGUCAAGUAGCUGGGAAGGGAUUGUUGAUGAGGACGACGAGGAAGAAGAGGAGGAAGAGGAGGAGGAGGAGGAGGAGGAGGAAGAGUACAAAUUGAUUGACAGGAGAAUUGAGAGGCGGAAGGCCGAGAGGGCAGCUCGGAGAGCUUCAAAGCGGCAAAAUGUGGGUGGCGCAGAGAACGAAAAAGGACCCCCUGGCUUGGAGUAUGACGGAAAGAAGACUCUUUGCAGGUCAGAACACGAGAACAAUGGAUGUGGUGCAAGCAUCGACAUGAAAGAGGUGAAUGCUUCGAACGAAGCACCGGAUACGUACGAUGCUUGUGCUGGAGCUUGUGCUGAUGACAGCAACGACGACAAUCGUACAGAGAUGGAGAUCGAUACACCACAGGCAGUAGAAGUGGAGGACCUGGAGGUGUACGAAAAAGGGAAGAGAGGUAUGUGUAAUGAAAGGCCUAAGUUCACGAUUCCGGAGUCCGUAAAUGGUCACCAUCAAACGGGGUCGAUAGGUAACCACCGCGAGUCCCUCUCACAAACGAGUUGCGGACCGGACGAACAGAGAGUGGAGAGGGAGGUCCCCACUGUGGCAAUGGGACGGGACGAGGACCAGAGUGUGCUCUUUGAACUGAGCGAUGACGAGACAGAUCUCGGAGAGCUGCACGAGAGCAUGGUUCCUGGACAUCUUGACGACAAAAAACAGCUGUAUGCUCGUCUGAGGGCGAAUCUGCUCCCUAAUCUUGACCGCGCAGAGGAUGAUGACAGCCUCAGCCUCGAUGGAGAGCAUCAUGGGAACCCUGCCCCUCUUCGAGUAAAGGAGUCCAACGGUAAGAACAAGCAAAUAGGAGCAUCUUCUGCCUCCACAGCCAGUGGGGAUCUGUUGCUGCCAAUAGCAUCCGCAUCAGAUCUAGCUCCUUGUUCUGGGGAGAGACAUUCUCUUGGCAACGGGUUCGAAGCAAACUCGAUAGACGGGUCAAGUCGACAGAGCAGAGGUGGAAGUGGCUGGCUUGAAGAUAAUGAUCUGCAGCAGAGCGAGGCCGUCACCAUUCAGCAAUCUAAGUUGGUGACGUGCCCGGUUUGUCAGCAACAACUGCCAGAGGCUGUGUCAAAUGAGGACCUGAAUGCACAUAUCGACGACUGUCUCAGAAAUCAGCCGUGAUUGAAGGUAGUUUUAUUAAGUUUUGUCUCUGCAACUUCUCGGAGGAUCAUUCAUGUUGGAUAUGUUCCAGAAU